AUGGCCAUCGCUCCAAUAACAGGUACAUUAAAGAAAAGAAUCAUAGCAGAUAUAAUCAUUGGUUUCUCCAUCGGUGGUUCCAUGGCUUCAUACUGGUGGUGGGGUUUCCACAAGAAGGUUAUCCAAAGAAGAGAAAACUAUUAUGCUAAAUUAGCUGAACAAAAGAAAUUGCAGUCCUAA